UCAGUCCCUAGAGCACCUCCAUCUGCCCGGCUUCAUGAGGAGCUGGACGGACCAGCCGGGACCCAGCAUCAGAAUGUGGAGAGCAGUACUUCCAAAACUUGUUGUUAUAUUGAUUUUCUGUACUUUCCGCUGUCAUUCACAAGGUUGUGAGACGGGGCAGUUCCGGUGUGGGACAGGCCGAUGCAUCCCACAGCACUGGCAUUGUGAUGGAACGUUAGACUGUGUAGACGAUUCUGAUGAAGCUGACUGCCCCCUUGUAACAUGCGAUGAGAGUCAUUUCCAGUGCUUGAGUGACGGGGAGUGUGUCCCAGAUGUCUGGGUUUGUGACGACGAAGAGGACUGUGAGGACGGCUCAGAUGAGAGACACCACUGUCCUGGUAGGAUGUGCUCCAGUGGGCAGUUCAGCUGCACCAAUGGGGCCUGCAUCCCAGGGGAGUACAGGUGUGACCGGCUGCCCGACUGCUCCGACGGGGCUGACGAGAGAGACUGCCACUACCCUGAGUGUACAGAGAUGAGGUGUGCCAACAGUGCCUGUUAUAACCGGACCCAGCACUGUGAUCAGGUCAUGGACUGCCGUGACGGGUCAGACGAGGCGAACUGCACACAGCACUGCAGCAGUGGCCUGUUCCAAUGCGGAAACGGAGAGUGUGUCCCUCAACGCUAUGUCUGUGACCAUGACGACGACUGUGGAGACAGGAGUGAUGAACAGAGCUGCACCUAUCCGGCUUGCAGAGGGAGCUACUUCACGUGCCCCAGCGGUCGCUGUGUUCACCAGGUCUGGCUUUGUGAUGGGGAAGACGACUGUGAAGACAAUGCAGAUGAGAAAGGCUGUGACUCUGUAUCACGCGAGUGCUAUCCUGGAGAAUGGCCCUGUCCAUCCUCAGGCCUGUGUAUCCCAAUGGACCAACUGUGUGAUGGGACAGCCCAAUGUCCAGAUGGAGAGGAUGAGGCCAACACCACUGCUGGACGCAAUUGCAGUAUCUGGAGGUGUGCUUCUCUGAGCUGUGAGCAUCGCUGUCAUGCGUCUCCUGAGGGAGGAACCUGCUCAUGUCCUUCUGGGUAUACUGUCAACAACAAUAACAGCCGCUCUUGUAUUGACUUUGACGACUGUCAGAUGUGGGGCGUCUGCGACCAGCUCUGUGAAGACCGGAUGGGAACCCACCGCUGCAGCUGUCGAGAGGGUUAUUUCCUGGAGCAGCACCGAUACUGCAGAGCUAACACCUCAACUAGUGUAGCCUCGCUGGUGUUCUCCAAUGGCCAAGACCUGCUGAUUGGUGACAUCCAUGGACACAGCUCUCGCACCCUGGUCCAUUCCCAGAACAGAGGAGUCCCUGUCGGGGUGGACUUCCACUACCUCCUCAAUAGAGUCUUCUGGACGGAUACUAUUCAGAACAAGGUGUUUUCGGUGGAUAUGGACGGUUCCAAUAUGCAGGUGAUUUUAAAUGUAUCAGUUGACUACCCAGAGAACCUAGCCGUGGACUGGGUGAACAAUAAGCUGUAUGUGGUGGAGGCCAGCGUCAACCGGAUUGACAUGGUGGACUUUGACGGGAAUAACCGGGUGACGCUGAUCGCAGAGAAUCUGGGAAACCCCAGAGGGCUGGCCGUGGACCCAACUGUGGGGUUCCUGUUCUUCUCAGACUGGGACUCUCUGAAUGGAGAGCCAGGUUUGGAGCGGGCUUACAUGGAUGGCACCAAUCGCUAUGGGAUCAUCAGGACUAAAUUGGGCUGGCCAGCAGGGAUCACACUGGAUAUUGACGCUAAGCGAGUCUACUGGGUCGACAGCCGCUACGACUAUAUUGAAACCACCACAUAUGAUGGGCUUCAUAGGAAAACAGUGGUCCAUGGAGGUGCUGUGAUCCCCCAUCCCUUUGGCAUCAGUCUGUUUGAGCACACUGUGUAUUUCACUGACUGGACCAAGAUGGCCGUGAUGAAAGCCAACAAGUUCAGUGACACAAACCCUCAGGUGGUCUACACCACAUCUCAGACCCCACACGGAGUGCAAGUGGUACACCAACUGAGACAACCGUCUGUGGCUAACCCUUGCGGGGUAGACGGGGACGGCUGUGAGCAGAUCUGUAUUCUAAGCCACAGGUCAGACAACCAAGGGCUGGGCUACCGCUGCAGGUGUCGCAUGGGCUACGAUCUGCAUGCUGACGGCAAGAGAUGUGUUGCGGUGAGGCAGUUCCUUCUCUUCUCCAGCCAGCUGGCUAUCCGAGGCAUCCCCUUCAACCUGUCCUCUCAGGAGGAUGUCAUCCUUCCUGUCACUGGAACGCCCUCCUACUUCGUUGGGGUGGACUUCAGCGCAGAGGACGAUGCCAUCUUCUUCUCAGACACGGCCAAAGACAUCAUCUACAAGCAGAAAGUAGAUGGCACCGGCAGGGAGGUGCUAGCUGCCAAUAGAGUGGACGGCGUGGAGGACUUGGCUUACGACUGGAUUUCAAAGAACCUAUACUGGACGGACCCGCGCUUCAGGAGCAUUUCAGUCAUGAAGGUGGCCGAUCAGUCCAGGAGAGCCAUCAUACGCAACCUGAACAACCCACGGUCCAUCGUGGUACACCCUGUGAUUGGGUAUAUUUUCUGGACCGACUGGUACCGUCCAGCGAAGAUUAUGAGGGCCUGGUGUGAUGGGUCACAUGCCCUGUCGAUUGUGAACACUACUCUUGGCUGGCCCAACGGCCUGGCUAUCGACUGGAGCUCCAUGCGCCUGUACUGGGUGGAUGCCUUCUUUGAUAAGAUCGAACACAGCACCUUUGAUGGACAGAACAGGCUGUCUUUGGAGCGCAUCACUCAGAUCUCACAUCCUUUUGGUCUCACCAUUUUUGGAGGUUAUGCAUAUUUCACUGACUGGCGCCUGGGUGGGAUCGUGCGUGUGCGCAAGACUGACGGGGGAGAGAUGGUCAUCAUCAGGCGGGGAAUCAGCCACAUCAUGCACGUCAAAUCUUUCAACUACAACUCCCAGACCGGUUCCAACUCCUGCAAUAGGAAUACUAAUCCUAAUGGAGACUGCAGCCAUUUCUGCUUCCCGGCGCCGGACUCGCAGAGGGUGUGUGGCUGUCCGUAUGGCAUGAAGCUGGCGCCCAGCCAGCAGACGUGUGUAGAGGACCCUUCCAACGAGCCCCCUACGCUGCAGUGCGGUUCCAACUCCUUCUCCUGCACCAACGGGAAAUGUGUCCCUCAGAACUACAGAUGCGACGGCGUUGACGAUUGCCAUGACAACAGUGAUGAGGCCAACUGUGGCGGAGCUCAUAACACCACCUGCUCACCCAGGGCAUUCACCUGUGCCAACCAGCACUGUGUGCCCAGUGGAUGGCACUGUGACGGGCACAACGACUGCUUUGACAGCAGUGACGAGCGGGACUGCCCCACCCAGACCCCUGGCACCUGCGCGGCCAACCAGUUCACCUGUGCCAACAACCGCUGUAUCCCACACAUCUGGCUGUGUGACACGGACAACGACUGUGGAGACGGCUCGGACGAGGCCAACUGCAACCUCAGUGGUACAUGCCACCCGGAACAGUUCCAGUGCCCAGACCACCGCUGUAUAGGCCCCAGCUAUGUGUGUGACGGUGACAGAGACUGUAUGGAUGGGGCUGACGAACAGGGCUGCAUUUACAACUGCACUCUCUAUGAGUUCAAGUGUUCUAAUGGACAUCAGUGUAUCAACUCCUACUACCGCUGUGAUGGGGUCUUUGACUGUAGCGAUCACUCAGAUGAGUCUGGCUGUCCCACCAGACCCCCAGGGAUGUGUCACCAUGAGAGUGAGUUCCAGUGCCAGUCCGACGGCAGCUGUAUCCCCUCCACCUGGGAGUGUGACGGUCACCCGGACUGCGAGGACGGCUCAGACGAGCACCACGUCUGUCCCCCCCGCACCUGCCCCACCACCCUGUUCCGCUGUGACAACGGCAACUGUGUGUACCAACGGUGGCUCUGCGACGGCGACAACGACUGUAGGGACAUGAGUGACGAGAGAGACUGCCCAACGCCACCUUUCCGCUGCCCCAGCUGGCAGUGGCAGUGCCCGGGCCACAGCGUGUGUGUCAACAUCAGCAGGGUGUGUGACAACAAUCCCGACUGCCCCAAUGGUGCAGACGAGUCUCCGCUCUGCAACGAGCCCUUGCCAGACCAAGAGAGCUGCACUGACAACAACGCAGGUUGCACCCACGGCUGCAUCCAGGGGCCGUUUGGGGCCCAGUGCACGUGUCCCAUGGGCUACCAGCUGAGUAACGACUCGAAGACGUGCGAUGACGUAGACGAGUGUAGCCCCCCUGGCCUGUGUAGCCAGCAUUGCUUCAACGAGAGAGGCUCCUUUCGCUGUCACUGCUCCGACGGAUACACUCUGGAGGCUGACCAACGCGCAUGCAAGGUCUCAGGUUCACGCGAGGCUUUUCUUUUAGUUGCCAGCCGAAAUCAGAUUGUGUCUGAUGACAUAACCACUCAACCCAAUGUGGUCCGCUCGCUGGUCCGGGAUGGACGAAACAUUGUGGCGCUGGACUUUGACUCAGUGACUGACCGUGUGUACUGGUCUGACACCAGCCAGGACAGAAUAUGGAGCGCUCACAAAAAUGGCAGCGACAGGGCUGUGGUUUUUGACAGUGGAGUCACAGUAACAGAGAGCCUGGCAGUGGACUGGGUGGGCAGGAACCUAUACUGGACUGACUAUGUUCUGGAGACCAUUGAGGUGUCCAAACUGGACGGCACUCACAGGACUGUCUUGGUCAGUGAGAAUGUGACCAAUCCCAGAGCCAUUGUGCUGGACCCAAGGGACAGUGCUCACCUCAUGUUCUGGACAGACUGGGGGAGGAACCCUCGCAUUGAGAAGGCCAGUAUGGACGGGAAGAUGAGGACAAGCAUCAUAAGCAGCAAACUGUACUGGCCCAACGGCCUAACCAUUGACUAUCCCAACAAUCUGCUCUACUUCGCGGAUGCCUACCUGGAUUUUAUUGACUACUGUGAUUACAAUGGCAAAAACAGGAAACAAGUUCUGGCCAGUGAUCUGGUACUGCAACAUCCCCACGCAAUUACCAUUUUUGAGGAUUUUGUGUAUUGGACCGACAGAUACAUCAACCGCGUUAUCCGAGCCCAUAAGUGGCACGGGGGGAACCAGACAGUGAUGCUCUACAACCUUCCUCAGCCCAUGGGCCUGGUGGCGGUACACCCGGCCAGGCAGCCCGCAGGUGAAAACCACUGCUUUAGCAGCCCCUGUUCUCAUAUCUGUCUGCUGUCGGCCGUGGGGCCCGGCUUCUACUCCUGUGCCUGCACCUCAGGCUGGACCCUGGCUGCAGACCAAAUCACCUGUGCCAGAGUUGAGGAUCCUUUCUUGGUGGUGGUAAGAGAUAGCGUCAUAUACGGCAUUCCCUUGAACCCGGACGUCAAGAGCAACGAUGCCAUGGUGCCUGUUGCUGGACUUCAGAAUGGAUAUGAUGUGGACUUUGACAACACUGAGCAGACCAUCUAUUGGGUGGAGCACCCGGGUGAGAUCCACAGGGUGAAGUCGGACGGUACCAACAGGACAGAGCUUGCCCCGGCAGCCAUCCUGGGUUCCCCUGUGGGCCUGGCCCUGGACUGGAUGACAGAGAACCUGUACUACACCAACCCAGCCAGCCAGUCGAUUGAGGUUUUGAGGCUGAGAGGGGAGAUGCAGUACAGAAAGACUCUCAUCACCAAUAAUGGCUCCCCGACUGGCGCAGGCACUCCGGUUGGCAUCGCUGUGGACCCAGCACGCGGGAAACUGUACUGGACAGACCAGGGCACAGAGAGCGGCAUCCCUGCCAAGGUGGCGGCCGCAGACAUGGACGGCUCCAAUCCUGUCACCCUGUUCACCAACAACCUGGAUCAGGUGGAGUUCAUCACUGUGGACAUCAGUGAGAACAAGCUGUACUGGGCUGUCACAGGCGCCGGAAUGAUUGAGCGUGGCGACCCAGACGGGACCAAUCGCAUCACUAUAGUGACAGGCUUGUCCCAUCCCUGGGGUGUUGCUGUUCAUGAGAGCUUCCUGUACUUCACCGACCGGGACUUUGAGGUGAUAGAGCGCGUGGACAAGGCCACCGGUGCGAACAAGGUGGUGCUGCGGGACAACGUGUCUGGACUGAGAGUACUGAAGGUGCACUACAGGGAGACCUCGGCUGGUACAUCCAACGGCUGCAGCAACAACAUGGGGCUGUGUGAGCACCUGUGUCUACCGCGGCCCGGAGGCCUGUAUACCUGUGCCUGUGCUACGGGCUUCAAGCUGAGCGCUGACAACAGAACCUGUGCUUCAUACCAGUCCUACGUGGUCAUCUCCAUGCUAUCUGCCCUCAAAGGCUUCAGUCUGGAGGGGGCUGACCACUCUGAGGCCAUGGUGCCAGUGGCUGGGAGAGGCCGCAAUGCUUUGCAUGUGGACGUCCACAUGCCCUCUGGGUUCCUCUACUGGUGUGACUUCAGCAGCACCGUGACAUCUCAGAAUGGAAUCCGCCGGAUCAAGUCUGACGGAGCAGGUUUCGACAGUGUGGUCACGUCUGGAAUCGGACGCAAUGGGAUACGAGGUAUCGCCGUGGACUGGGCUGCAGGAAACCUCUAUUUCACGAAUGCUUUCCUGACGGAGACCUAUGUGGAGGUUCUGCGCUUGAACACCACUUUCCGACGUGUGCUGUUGAAGACUCAAGUGGACAUGCCACGCCACAUCGUGGUGGACCCUAAAAACAGAUACCUGUUCUGGGCAGAUUAUGGACAGAACCCCAAGAUUGAGCGAGCUCUGCUGGACGGGACCAACCGCACUGUGCUGGUGUCGUCUGGGAUUAUAACCCCGCGAGGUCUGGCUCUGGACUACCAGACUGGAUAUGUCUACUGGGUGGAUGACUCUCUGGAUAUGAUAGCCCGGGUCAACCCUCAGGGGGGCGAGACAGAGGUAGUCCGGUUUGGGAGUCGUUACCCGACUCCAUAUGGCAUCACUGUGUUUGAGACUAGCAUCAUCUGGGUGGACAGGAACCUGAAGAAGGUGUUCCAGGCCAGUAAGGAGCCUGGCAGUACAGAGCAGCCUACAGUCAUCAGAGACAACAUCAACAUGCUGAGAGACGUGACCAUCUAUGACCAGCGUAUCCAGCCCAGCUCGGUCCAGCAGCUCAACAACAAUCCCUGCCUGGAGACCAAUGGAGGCUGUGCCCACUUCUGCUUCGCCCUCCCCGGGAACCAGACCAAGAAGUGUGGCUGUGCCUUUGGCAACCUGGGGACAGACAACGAGGGCUGUGUGGUGUCGCGGGAUGAUUACCUCAUCUUUACAACGGAGAGUACGGUGCAGAGCCUGCACUUGGACACGGACGACCACGGACUGCCCUUCCCUGUGGUCAACGUGCCCGGCACCUCUGUGGCCCUGGACUUUGACCGCACAGACAAUAGGAUCUACUUCACCCAGAGCUCAGGGGCUGGGAGCAGCAAGAUUAGCUUCAUCAGUCUUUCAUCUCCUCCCUCACCUCCAGUAGUGGUGGCUUCAGAUCUUGGAGCUCCUGAUGGUAUUGCCUAUGACUGGAUCAACAAAAGGAUUUACUACAGUGACUACAUCAACCAGACUAUCAGCUCCAUGGCAGUGGACGGGACACAGAGAUCCAUCAUCGCUCAUGUUCCUCGGCCUAGAGCCAUAAUGCUGGAUCCCUGCAGGGGAUAUAUGUACUGGACAGACUGGGGGACGAAUGCGAAGAUUGAACGUUCUACAUUGGGUGGGAACUUCAGGGCAGAGAUUGUAAACAGUAGUCUGGUGUGGCCCAAUGGGCUGACCCUGGACUAUGAAGAGCAGAGACUGUACUGGGCAGACGCCAGCCUACAGAAGAUUGAGCGCUGCUCUCUCACCGGGGCCAAUCGGGAGGUCAUCGUCAGCACAGCCAUUUACCCUUUCGCCAUGACCAUGUAUGGCCAGUACAUCUACUGGACUGACUGGAACACACGCAGUAUCUACCGGGCUAACAAGCACGAUGGGUCUGACCAGAGGUUGAUGACCCAGAACCUUCCAUCCAGGCCUAUGGACGUCCAUGUGCUGGCCAGCAACAAGCAGCAACAGUGCAACAGCCCUUGUCAACAGUUCAACGGAGGCUGCAGUCACAUCUGUACCCCAGGGCCCCAGGGUGCUGAGUGUCAGUGUCCCUCAGAGGGUCGCUGGUACCUGGCCGACAACAAGCACUGUAUCCCUGACAACGGGACCCGCUGCCAGGAAGGCCAGUUCACCUGUAUGAAUGGACGCUGUAUCCGUGCUCAGUGGAAGUGUGACAAUGACAAUGACUGUGGGGACGGAAGCGACGAACUGGAGAGAGUCUGUGCCUUCCACACCUGCGAGCCCACUGUGUUCACUUGUGGGAAUGGUCGCUGUGUCCCCUACCACUACCGCUGUGACCACUACAACGACUGUGGGGAUAACAGUGAUGAGGUAGGCUGCCUGUUCAGUCCGUGCGACCCCAACACUGAGUUCCCAUGCAACAACGGACGCUGCAUCGCCAAGGACUACAUCUGCAAUGGCAUCAACAACUGUUAUGACAACGGCACCUCGGACGAACAAAACUGCCCGGAGCGAACAUGUCAGCCAGAACACACUAAGUGUACAUCCACCAACAUCUGUAUCCCCCGCUCCUACCUGUGUGACGGGGACAAUGACUGUGGGGACAUGAGUGACGAGAGCCCUACACACUGUGCCACCUCCACGUGUGCCCAGAACGAGUUCCGCUGCUCCAGUGGCCGCUGUAUCCCAGCCCAUUGGUACUGUGAUGGGGGUACCGACUGUGCUGACGGCUCCGAUGAGCCCUCCUCCUGUACCACCCUGGUGAGAACCUGCAACACUGACCAGUUCCCCUGUGACGACGGCAGGUGCAUCGCUUCCUCCUGGAUCUGCGACGGGGACAAUGAUUGUGGAGACAUGAGUGACGAGGACCAGAGACACAACUGUGACAACCGCACAUGCUCAGCUUUGGAGUUUACCUGUGUGAACAACCAAGCGCCACAGCGGAAGUGCAUCCCUCGUGAUUGGGUGUGUGACGGCGAUGCGGACUGUGCGGACGCGUUGGACGAGCAUCAGAACUGCACGCGCAGAUCGUGUGGCGUCAACGAGUUCACCUGCAGCAACGGCCUCUGCAUACGCAGCUCCUACAGGUGUGACCGGAGGAAUGACUGUGGGGACAGCAGCGACGAGCAGGGCUGCACCUACCAGCCGUGUCAGCAGCACCAGUUCACCUGUCAAAACGGACGCUGUGUGUCCCGCGACUUCAUAUGUGACGGGGACAACGACUGCGGGGACGAGUCCGAUGAGCUUGACCACCUGUGCCGCAUGCCACCGCCUACGUGCCCCCCCGGGCAGUUCAGGUGUGACAACGGACACUGUGUCCCGAUCGUCAACGUAUGUGACCGUACCGACGACUGCUCAGACAACAGUGACGAGAAGGGCUGUGGAAUAAAUGAAUGCACCAACCCCUCUAUGCACCACUGUGACCACAACUGCACUGACACACCCACCAGCUUCAUCUGCACCUGUCGCCCCGGCUACCGCCUAAUGUCCGACAACAAGACCUGCGACGACGUCAACGAGUGUGCGGAGACGCCCAGCGUGUGUAGUCAGGUGUGUGAGAACACGGUGGGCUCCUACAUGUGUAAAUGUGCCCCCGGGUUCCUGCGGGAACCGGAUGGCCACAGCUGUCGUCAGAACAGCAACAUUACGCCCUACCUCAUCUUCAGUAACCGCUAUUAUCUUCGUAACCUGUCCACGGACGGAGAGGCCUACUCCCUCAUCCUGCAGGGCCUGACCAGCGUGGUGGCCAUGGACUUUGACCGCGUGGACAAGAUGUUCUAUUGGAUUGAUGUGAGUCGCAGGGUGAUUGAGCGGAUGUUCUAUAACGGCAGUAACAGGGAAGUGGUGGUGAACGGGGUGCUCCAUGGAGAGGGCCUGGCGGUCGACUGGGUGGCCAGGAAACUCUACUGGGCGGACAGUUUCCUGGACUGUCUCAAAGUGUCCGAACUGGACGGACGCUUUGUGAAGAAACUGGCUGAACACUGUGUGGACGCCAAUAACACCUACUGCUUUGAAAACCCCAGGGCGCUUGUUCUCCAUCCCAAAUAUGGAUAUGUCUACUGGACAGAUUGGGGGGACAAAGCCUUCAUAGGCCGUGUUGGAAUGGACGGCACCAACAAGACCGCAAUCAUCACCACUAAGAUCGAGUGGCCCAAUGGGGUCACUAUCGACUACAGCAAUGACAAGCUCUACUGGUCGGAUGCCCAUCUCAACUACAUUGAGUUCUCAGACCUGGAGGGACAUCACAGACAUACCGUGUAUGACGGGAUACUGCCCCAUCCGUUUGCCCUGACUGUGUUUGAGGAGACUGUGUACUGGACUGACUGGAACACCCGUACAGUGGAGAAAGGCAACAAAUACGAUGGAUCCGGCCGCCAGUCUCUGGUCAACACCACACACAGACCCUUCGACAUCCACGUGUGCCAUCCCUAUAGGCAGCCCAUAGUGACCAACCCCUGUGCAGUGAACAAUGGAGGCUGCUCCCACCUGUGUCUGCUCCGCGACGGGGGGCGGGGUCACACCUGUGAAUGCCCCGACCACUUCCUGACUUUACAGCUUGGGGGGGUGGCUCGCUGCCUGCCCAUGUGCACCAGCACCCAGUACAGAUGUGCGGAUAAUGAGCGCUGCAUCCCCAUCUGGUGGAAGUGUGACGGCCAGAGGGACUGCAGAGACGGCUCUGAUGAGCCCUCCACCUGCCCCAGUCGCCACUGCCAACUAGGCCAGUUCCAGUGCAACGAUGGAAACUGCACCAGCCCCCACUUCCUGUGCAACAGCAACCAGGACUGCCAUGAUGGCUCUGAUGAAGAUCCUGUGCUGUGUGCCAAUCAUCAGUGCGAGUCCCACCAGUGGCAGUGCACCAGUAAGAGGUGCAUCCCAGAGGCGUGGCAGUGUGACGGGGAGGACGACUGUGGCGACGGCUCUGAUGAGGAGCCCACUCACUGCUCCAGCAGGACCUGCCGGCCCGGACAGUCCAAGUGCCGUAACGGACGCUGCAUCCCCCAGAACUGGAUGUGUGACGUGGACGACGACUGUGGCGACAACUCCGACGAGCCUCUGGAAGAGUGCAUGGGGCCGUCUUAUCGCUGUGACAACCACACCCAGUUUGACUGCAGGACCAACUACCGCUGUGUGCCACUGUGGUCUGUGUGCAACGGUCACAACGACUGCAGGGACAACAGUGAUGAGCAGGGCUGCGAGGAGGUGACCUGUGACCCUCUGGGGGACUUCCGCUGUGACAACCACCAGUGUGUCCCUCUGCGCUGGAGGUGUGACGGGGACAACGACUGUGGGGACAGCUCGGAUGAGCGUGCCUGCAGCCCGCGUGUGUGCUCCGAGAGCGAGUUUCGCUGCGAUAAUCUGCACUGCAUUCCCGACCGCUGGGUCUGUGACCAUGACAACGACUGUGAGGACAACUCGGAUGAAAGGGACUGUGAGCUGCGGAUCUGUCACAUGGGCUACUUCCAGUGUGGCAGUGGCCACUGCAUCGCCGACCGCUUCAAAUGUGACGGCAACGCCGACUGCAUGGACUACACUGAUGAGAUAUCAUGUCCAACCCGUUAUCCCAAUGGCACUUUUUGCCCACCGUUCCUAUUUGAGUGUAGGAACCAUGUGUGUGUGCAGCCCUACUGGAAAUGUGAUGGAGACAACGACUGUGGAGACAAUUCAGAUGAGGAGCUCCAUCUCUGCUUGGACAUCCCGUGUGACGCGCCCUUCCGUUUCCGCUGUGACAACAACCGGUGCAUCUACAGCCAUGAGCUCUGCAACUCUGUGGACGACUGUGGGGACGGCACUGACGAGAAAGAGGAGCACUGCCAGACCCCCACACAUGGGCCAUGUUCAGCGGAUGAGUACAAAUGCAGUAAUGGCCAGUGCAUCCCACUGCAGUAUGCCUGUGACGACUAUGAUGACUGUGGAGACCAUUCUGACGAGCUGGGCUGCAAUGUUGGCAGUGGGCGCUCCUGCAGUGACAACAUCUGUGAGCAUAACUGCACAGAUCUGACAGACGGAGGCUUCCUCUGCUCCUGCAAGCCUGGAUACAAACCCAGACAGACAGAUAGGAACACAUGUGAAGACGUGAACGAGUGUGAGGUCUACGGGACAUGUCCACAGGAGUGUCAGAACUCCAAGGGCAGUUACGAGUGCUUCUGUGCCCAGGGCUUCCGCUCAGUCAGCGAGCAGCAUGGCAUGGAGUGUGCUGCUGAGGGAUACCCACCAGUGCUGCUUCUGCCCGACAAUGUGCGGAUUCGUUGCUUCAACCUGUCCUCAGAGCAGUAUUCAGACUACGUGGACAACAUGGAGCACAUCCAGGCUCUGGAUUACCAGUGGGAUCCAGAGGGCAUCGGACUCAGUAUUGUGUACUGGACAGUUCUGGGCCGAGGCUCUCAGUUUGGCUCUAUCAAGCGGGCCUACAUGACCACUUUCAAUGACAACGGCAAUAACCCAGUGAAGGAGUUGGAUCUGAACCUGAGAUACAUUGCCAACCCUGAUGGCAUCGCUGUGGACUGGAUCGGAGGCCACAUUUACUGGACAGACGCAGGGACCAAUCGAAUUGAAGUGGCAAAGUUAGAUGGUCGCUACAGGAAGUGGUUGAUCCAUACUGACCUGGACCAGCCAGCUGCUAUUGUUGUCAACCCAGCACUCGGACUCAUGUACUGGACAGACUGGGGAAGGAGACCCAGGAUUGAGUCUGCUUGGAUGGACGGACAGCAUAGGCAGGUUCUGUUGGAUGAGGACCUGGGCUGGCCCACUGGACUGGCUCUGGACUACCUGAAUGGAGACAGGAUCUACUGGUGUGACUCCAAAGAGAACAUCAUAGAGUCCAUGAAGCCGGACGGCACCGAGAGGAAGAUCAUCAUGUCUGGAGAUAUUGGUAAUCCCUACAGCCUGGAUGUCUUUGAGGGCCAUGUGUACUGGACAACCAAGGAGCGGGGUGAAGUCUGGAAGACGGAUAAGUUUGGGAAGGGGGACAAAGUGAAGGUGCUGACCAUCAACCCCUGGCUGACUCAAGUCCGUAUCUACCAGGAGCACAGACACAACCGUUCAGUACCCAACCCCUGUAAGAACAUGUGCAGUCACCUGUGUCUGCUGCGCCCUGGAGGCUACACCUGCACCUGCCCUCAAGGCUCCUCCCUGGUUGGCUUCAACCCCAACGAAUGUGACGCAGCCAUUGAGGCUCCAGUCUUAAUGCCCCUUGCAUGCAGAUGCAUGAACGGAGGGAGCUGCUACACUGACGAAGGGGGCCUGCCCAAGUGCAAGUGUCCAUAUGGCUAUGCAGGGAGUUACUGUGAGAUGGGAAAGUCCAGGGGUGCCCCUGCAGGAACAGCAGUUGCCGUACUUUUAGCAGUGAUUAUCAUCCUCAUCACUGGAGCGUUGGCUGUUGGGGUUUUCCUCAACUACAAACGAACUGGCUCCUUAAUCCCAUCCAUGCCCAAACUACCCAGCCUAAGCAGUCUGGUGAAAUCGGGUGACACUGGGAACGGGGUGACGUUUCGUUCGGGUGACAAUGUCACCAUGGAUCUGGGACCUCCACCCAUCGGGGUUUCAUUCAUUGACAGGGCCAUGCAGUUGGAUGACAACUUUGCCGUGGAAGCGGGGAGGCAGCCAAUCACAUUUGAGAACCCUCUGUAUGGCACUGCAGCGGCUGGAUCGUCUAGUGAGCCUGCUGUCAUCCACGCCACACAGGUGACUGUUACUGUUAGCGGUGAGCAGAUAGAGAAGAACCUCACAAACCCAGCGUACCAUACAGAUCAGAUUGUGUGCACCGUGGACAGUUCCACAGCCAGAGCCAAGCCUGUUCAGGAGUCCAGGUGGAGCUUCUUCAAAAGAAAAUUUAAGCCAAGCACAACUUUUGAAAACCCUACCUACUCAGAGAUGCAGAAUGAAAAAGCAGUAGGAAGCAAUGAGGACAGUUCCUCCACUGACCCCUCUCCCUUUGCCCCAACCGCCAAACCCUUCAAGAGGGAUCGUCCCAGCACCUACUCACCAACUGAGGACACUUUCCGAGACACAGCGAACCUUGUUAAAGAGGACAGCGAUGUGUAGUCCCGUUUCCCACAGAUGGGAAUCAAAGACACACUCUCCUUUGCACAGAAUCUAUUUUUAUAUGCAGCCUGUGUAAAAAAAAAAAAAAAAUAAAAAACGAAGAUUGUUUUGAGAAAAGAAAUUAGACAAACGUUUCUUUAGCAUACAGAAAAGAGGUCUGUCGUGACUAUGCCUUCGGAUAUUUCUGAUGCCAAUUCUUGUUUCCUGAUUUUUUUUAUUGUGAUGUAAUAUAUGUAUAUCUUUGCACUGAAGCUGCUGAUAGAAAUGUUAUAAAUAUGUUGUACAUUUGUAAAUUUGAAGAGUAAGAUUUUUGUCGAUAAUAUUCUCUGGCUGUUGGAAGUAGAUGAACUUAUCGAUAGUGCUUCAUAAACAAAGUAACAGGUAACAUAACAGGUGAAGUGCAUUGUGAAUGUACAGUAGAUAUAUCGCAUUAGGACAAUGUUUUGAAAGGAUAACUAACUAUUUUUGCCACUGAACCAAACUGAAGAUGUAUGCAUUUUAUCUUGCAUGUUUUUAUAUACCUCAUUUCAGGGAGCAAAACAAACACAAACUGAUCCAAUUACCUUAGCUAUUCUAAAUCUAUAGAUGCUGUAAAAAGAAAACUAUCAAAAUUCUGAAUAUCUCGAAGAACUAGUAUGCUAAGCAUAUUUACAUGGUACUUACGUUCAAACUUGUAAAAACAAUUCCCUGACUUUUUUUGGCAUAUAUAAAUCAAAACUAUCAUAUUUAGGUAAGACUUUUUCAUGAAUAAUGAUGGCCUCUUUUUAAAAUUAAUUUGGAACAAUACUUGAAUAUGCCAAUGAUUUUAAUGUGUGAAGAUGUAAAAUUUUGGACAUCUCUAGUGACUCUGGAGCUGGUAGAGUCCAAGAGCAUUUGGAGAUACAUAAUUUGAAGAAAUUAGGAAUCUGACUGUCAUUUUCUAAACAUGGGUUAUACAUCGUGUGCUCUUAGAUUGAUUGUUUUAUAUUGUGAUGAAAAUGACAAAUAAAGACUGUAUCAAUGAUCAUUCUAAAUAUGCUCAAAUGGUUUUCUAGCUAGCAAAGUGGGAGACGAAAUUUAUGCUGCUGAGACGUAAAAUUAAUAAAUGUUUUUUUUUUUACAAUCUCAA